GGGGAAUUCUGCCUUCAUCUAUCAGCCUCGUCCAAGAACUAAUUGGUGGAAAGAUAACCAGGAGCGGCUGGAUAAGGUCUAUAACAAGUUCGUGGAGGAUGAAGAAAAAGAAAGGAGACGUCAGGAGCAGGAGGAAAAAGAUAAAGUUAAGAAGGAGGAGACUAAACGGAGUGAAUGGAAGAAAGAAAGAGAGCGGUUGGAAGCAGAAAUGUCUACCAGACUCGACAAACGUUUCGAAGAACUUGGUCUCAAGAGGAAGGAGACGAAGACAGCAAGGGUCCAUCUGAUGAAGUCACGCGUUUGAGAAAAGAGAAUGAAGAACUGUUAAGAAAGAUCGGUGGUGUUGCAAAUAACUAUGGGAUGGAUGAUGAGUUGGCACGCCUUAAACGAGAAAACGAGGAACUGAGGAAGCGACUCAGUGGGGAAAGUAUUAGUCAGGAUGGAGACUGUGUCUCUCGGCUCCAGAAGGAGAUCUGUGAGUUGCGCAAGCAAGUGGGAAGCGAACAAGCAGAGAGUGACGAGAUUUUUGUCUUAAAACAAGAAUUGGGCGAACUCAAACAAUCAGCCUACAUGAAGACUAACUUUGAGCAAGAGAUUGCUGGGCUACGUAGGGAAGUCGACUCUCUACGCAGAAUGAACGAGAGGGCGAUGAAAGAAACUAAGCAAUGGAAGGAUGAGGCCCUGAGGCCGGGUAACAAGCACGGCAGUGUGGUGGUUGAUACACCAGAAAUGCAAGUAAAGGAGUUGGAGGAGAAGAUGAGUCGUCUGAAGGCGGCGGAGGCUGGGAAUGAACAAGAGGGGGGUGGUACUAAUCUCAAGGACCGUUUAAAAGCUGUGGCGUUAGGGUCAGCACGAAGGGGAAGGAAAGUGACACCGGAAAGAGGCUCCUCGAAGGAAGACCAGGCGUCUAACGAGGUUAAUGAUCGCUUCCAAUUCGUGGAAGAACAGAAAAAGCAAUUGCGUAAUCUCAAGAAGACGGGUCUGGAGCUAAUGUGCAAGGAAGCAGGAAUUCGAACGGGAAAAGUCGAUCUGAUGGUUUGCGAAUUAGCAUAAUUUCGGGUUGAGCAGGCUUUUGGGCCUGAACGAGCUAAGGAUCCAGUAUCCAAAGGUAAACAGCCGGUGCACGUGGUAGAGGAUGAUUCGGGGCAGAGGGAUGUCAACACCUCUGAGGAAGGAGAUGAGAAGUCUAUGGAGUUGUGAGGUGAGUACCCGAACGUAGCUAAGUUGUGGUUGUUGGUUGAUGACUGUCGAAAUAAGCGUAAAGGGGUGGACUUAUUGCCACAUAAAUCCUCUGUCCUAUCUAAUGACGGUCAGGUACAUGAUGAUGUGUCUUUCUCCUCUGUCCUUCCCGCUCCUCCUACUCCGACCUCUCUUGACUCUUCUUCCCCUUUGGCCUCGUCUCUGCCAUGCAAAAUCCUCUCCUCUACGGUCCCAGCUCUCCUUGAUGAUUCAAUUUGUUUCUUGCAUGAUAAAGCUUUUAAUGACUA